GAGCUCCUCCCCCGGCUCGGCCUCUCUUCCCACCCCUGCCCUCCUUCUGCCCAGCAGUUCCUCCUUCCCUCCUCCCCCUCUUCCUCGGUGAGGUGCUCCUCCAUCAGCCAGCCAGCAUGGCGGCCGUGGAGACGCGUGUGUGCGAGACGGACGGUUGCAGCAGUGAGGCCAAGCUCCAGUGUCCCACCUGCAUCAAGCUGGGCAUACAGGGCUCGUACUUCUGCUCGCAGGAAUGUUUUAAAGGAAGCUGGGCUACUCACAAGUUACUACAUAAGAAAGCAAAAGAUGAAAAGGCCAAGCGAGAAUCUGUGUCUCCCUGGACUGUGGAGGGUGAUAUCAACACUGACCCAUGGGCAGGUUAUCGAUAUACUGGUAAACUCAGACCACAUUAUCCACUGAUGCCAACAAGGCCAGUGCCAAGUUAUAUUCAAAGACCAGAUUAUGCUGAUCACCCUUUAGGAAUGUCUGAAUCUGAGCAGGCUCUUAAAGGUACUUCUCAAAUUAAGUUACUCUCAUCUGAAGAUAUAGAAGGGAUGCGGCUCGUAUGUAGGCUUGCCAGAGAAGUACUGGACAUUGCUGCUGGGAUGAUUAAACCAGGUGUAACUACUGAAGAAAUAGAUCAUGCUGUACACUUAGCAUGCAUUGCAAGAAAUUGCUAUCCUUCUCCCCUGAAUUAUUAUAAUUUCCCAAAGUCUUGUUGUACUUCAGUGAAUGAAGUGAUCUGCCAUGGAAUUCCAGACAGACGGCCCUUGCAAGAAGGUGAUAUUGUUAAUGUGGACAUCACUCUUUAUCGCAAUGGUUAUCAUGGGGACCUGAAUGAGACGUUUUUUGUUGGAGACGUGGAUGAGGGAGCUCGGAAACUGGUUCAGACCACGUAUGAGUGCCUGAUGCAAGCCAUUGAUGCAGUGAAACCUGGUGUUCGAUACAGAGAAUUGGGAAACAUUAUUCAGAAGCAUGCCCAAGCAAAUGGAUUUUCAGUUGUUCGAAGCUAUUGUGGGCAUGGAAUCCACAAGCUUUUUCAUACGGCCCCCAAUGUACCCCACUAUGCCAAAAAUAAAGCAGUUGGAGUGAUGAAGCCUGGCCACGUAUUUACAAUUGAGCCAAUGAUUUGUGAAGGCGGAUGGCAGGAUGAAACCUGGCCGGAUGGCUGGACAGCAGUGACGAGAGAUGGGAAACGGUCUGCCCAGUUCGAGCACACCCUGCUGGUCACGGACACUGGCUGCGAAAUCCUAACCCGGCGACUCGAUAGCGCGCGGCCUCACUUCAUGUCCCAAUUUUAAUUUCUCCCGAGAUGGCGCAUCUCAGUGAUACCUUCUGUCUGUACUCUGCAUUUUAUUGAGAGUACAGGAUGGAAGAGGAAAUUUUUUAUAACUUGUUUUGUUUCGACUAUAGAUAAGGAAGGACUACAGCAUUUGAUGUGUGUCCUCAAGAACUUGUCUUGGGUCUGAAAAAGCCAAGAAGAAUAAAGGAAGCUUUCUCAACUCCUUUCAAUGCUCCCCUCUCCCCACACAAAAAAAUCUCUGCACCCCUGUUUUCUCAUUUGCCCUUUGAGCACUUUUACUUAAACCUGCUUCUAGUUGCUUUUAUCACUGCCACAACCGGGCCGUCGGAGCCACCUGCUUUCCAGGUGAAUGUUGCAGAUGAGAAUCCCUGAAACUUUAGCAACAUAUUUUGCUCCCGAUUUUUUUUUUUAAUUAUAUAUGUAUGGAAAUAUAUACGUAUUCAUUUUAAAUUCCAUAUAUGUAAUUACCAAACACUAUGUGACCUGGGGUUUGUGUUGAUUCUGACAGGGUUCUAUGCUGUCGUAAAUGGACCCAUCAUUUGCAGUGAUUUAAUUCCCAGCUGGGAAUUGGCCUCCCUCCUCCCCUGCUAAUUUACCCUCGUAAUUGUGUGUAAGGAAGCACUCGGUCAGUGAGACUUUCCAGUGUGGACUCUGUGUGCGUGAAUGGCUAUGGCAAAAUUCACUUUGGAAGAAGGUUAUCAGGUUUUUAAAAAUCUAGUUUAUGGCAAAAAUAACCACGCUCUAAGCGGAAGCUGGCUGUUGCAGAGAAUGGGAUUUUUGUAAUACGUUGCUAUUUCAGACCUCUGUUUGGUCAUAAUGGUAGGAAAAACACUCCCUUCCCCGCUCUCUCUUAUUUCAAAGGCAUACCUUGGAGAUAUUCAGAGAAGGGUGGAGGCUGCACUGUGGAGGUUGAUGGGGAAAGACAGUUCUGAAAUCUCUCCAGCAGUGAUCAGAGUCUGGAAAUUCUAAUGUUUAAUAAACCUGGUGGGGAUGAGAAAGGAACUUCUUUGAAAUUGGACUGUUGCCUUGCAGGGAUGCAGCUGUCCUUGGUGUGCUACCACAAUUCUCCUUUACAUAGUUGGGAACCUCAUUAGAAAUGACCUCAGCUGCCCAACAUCUAUGUUCCUUUCAGUAGUUCAGUCCAAAUGGGAGUGCAUCCAGUGAAGACAUAUCAGAUCAAAGUCAUUGUCAUUAGAGUGUACUUGAUUACUAGAUAUCUGGUAAGUUUAUUCUAAGAUAAUUUGAUACCACUGACAUGUUACAUUUGUAUGAGAACAUCUUUCCCAGAGUGCCUCAGACCUUUAUUGCUUUAAAGGAAUUAUGAUAAUGUUUUCAUUACUUUUAUUAUUUUAAUGAUUUAGUAAAGUGGCUGAAUCUGGUAUGUGUGUGAAGUUUUUUAUCAAACUGUAAUAUUUGUGAAUGGAAUGCCUUGCAAUAUGAAUGUUAAUAUAAUGUGUAAAGGGAGAUUAAAAAGUUUGAAUGACUAUCCCACCAUGUAGUCGUUAACUUUGCUGAAUUUGUUGGGGAUUUCAGAAGGAAGUGGUGGGAAUGGGGAGGCUAAUUCCAUAAUCUAAAAUAAAAUUUGAGUAAAAAUACUUUUUUAAGUUGAAUGGCUAUAUACAAAUUCCAGUACUGUGUUUAGUUCAGCAGUCUACCAGCAGUAUUUGAGAUGCAACCAUAU